CUCUAGUUGAAGCGUUGAACAGCUGUUUUUGUGUUGAACGUGCAAAUUUAUCAUUGCACAAAAAAUUAAAUCACGAUUACUUUUCAAUAUAAAUAUUUACAUUUUUUAUUUGAAAAAUGACUACAUUACGCCCAUUCACCUGCGAUGACCUCUUCAAAUUCAAUAAUGUUAACUUCGACCCACUAACCGAAACUUACGGCCUUUCGUUUUAUACACAAUAUUUGGCUAGAUGGCCUGAAUACUUCCAAUUAGCUGAAUCCCCAAGUGGGCAAAUAAUGGGUUACAUUAUGGGCAAGGUUGAAGGUCAUAUGGAAAAUUGGCACGGUCAUGUAACUGCUUUGACCGUUUCACCGGACUACAGACGUCUAGGCUUAGCUGCUUUACUUAUGAAUUUCCUGGAAGAUGUCUCCGAAAAAAAACGUGCUUAUUUCGUUGAUCUUUUUGUGCGCAAGAGUAAUCAGGUAGCAAUCAAUAUGUACCAAAAUUUGGGCUACAUAAUUUAUCGUACUAUACUUGAUUACUACGCUGGCGAUCACGACGAAGAUGCUUAUGACAUGAGGAAGGCACUCUCGCGAGAUGUAGAAAAGAAAUCUAUUAUACCAUAUACCCACCCGGUACGACUGGAAGAUUUAGAUACCAAUUGAGUUUAAAUGUGCAUUUUUGCUGCUUACGGUCAUCAUAAAACACACGAGCAUCCUUAAACAAAAUAAUUCAUACAAAACAUUACCAACAAAAGUCAGAACAAACCUAUAUACUACAUACAUGAAAUAAAUAAAUUGUAAAUCAAAACUACUCCUUCUCAAAUGUGGCUAAUUCGUUGGCGUCAAUUGCUUCCGCAUUUCUAUAAAAGCUGUUAACGCGCCUACUGUUUUGUAUUUUUGUAAUAGACAUGUUUAUAUAACCAUUUGUUUAAAACCAUUAAUUCUGCUCUUAGGGCUGUAACUAAUUAUUUGCAAUCUACAUAUGUAUAUCUACUAGUAAACAGUUAAAAUCAAAGGCAUGAGCUAUGAAAUGCUCUUCCAAGAGUAAAUAAUGCACCACAACAUAACACAUUCUAACCAUAACAAGAUAACAACACAUCAACUACACCAAGCAAACCAAAUGCACAUAUCUUCGAAUUAAAGUCGAUGUUGAAAUGGUUUCAAAAAUUGCAAGUCCAUGGUAUCACAACUGAUGUAAAUGCUAAAGCUAAUUUAUUUUAUACAUCAUUCAUAUCAGUUCUUGGUUUUAUAAAUAUAUGUACUUCAGAAGAUUUUAUUAAAAUUAUUACAUACAUAUACAUAUAUGUAUGUACAUAUUCGAA